AGUAUCUUGAGAUCGCUCGUUUGGUAAAGACAUGAAAAGUUGAGUUUAAGCGAUUUCGGUAACAAAACGAAAAGCAGAGCCUUUUUUGGAUAAAAACGAAAAGAUUAAUAAAUUCACUUGUGUAAUAGUUUGAAUGUGACGAUUUUCGAAGUUUAACGAAAAAGAAACAUAAUUCAACGAUAUUUUGAGACUCACCAAAAUAGAGGAUAAUGUAAAGGAUUUAUGCAUUAAUAAACUAGCUUCAUUCAAAGACUUUUGUGCAAAAAAAUAUUUUCAAUCUAUUUUUUUUAAGAUUAAAAAACCUUGAUAUUUAUAAUCUGACUUAAUCUUCAUAUAUCUGAUAGAUUAUAGUGGUGAAGUCAUUAACAUAAACAAAAGUUAAAAAAAUAAUAAAUAAAUACGAAAAGGAAAGGAAGAAAACUGGCAGAAGAAUAAAAGAAAAAAAUACUCAAAAUGAAAUUGAAAGUGAUACUGCUGAUACAGUUAAUAAUACAUUGCUCUUAUGCCGCGAUCGAUGAAUCACGUUCAAAAAUAAGUAAAGGAAUAAAAAUUGUUAAUAUUGAUGAGAAAGAUCAUACACAAUAUGAUGAAAGAGGCUUAGAUCAGAGAGCGUAUAACUAUGGUGUUGAGAUUGAUCAAGAUGCACAAUUUAAUCACCAGACGAGAGGACCUGAUGGCGUCACAUAUGGAUGUUAUGGAUAUCUUGAUGAAUUUAGUAAUUUACAGUCAAGUCAUUACAUUGCUGAUGCUAGAGGUUUUCGGCUACUCAGAACUACAGAUGCUGUCGAAGUCUUUCCAAUUGCUACAGAAUCAAAAUCAUUGGAUUUAAGCGAUGGCAAACAGUCGAGAGGCAAAUUUACACAAUUCAAAGAUCUUUAUUUUCCAAAAGGCUGUGGUAGUUUAGAAUUUGAUUUACAGCAACACCAAAUAAACGUACGCCAUCAAAUAUCGCCAUUUGCUCAAUCUUUUAAAUUCUCACUUGAUGAUCUUGAGAGUGAUGACGAUAAUGUUCCAUCAGCACAGACAUUGAAUGAACAAUUUGCACCAGCGCCAGAGCGAUUUUCAGGCCAGAGACGAAGGGGAAAUAAAAAUGAUGGCUUUUAUUAUCCAGAUUACUCCGGACGAUAUAUUCAUGAUAAUCGAGGAGCUUAUGUGCACGAUAACAGAGGAUUAUAUGUUCACAUUCCAGGCCCUGAAGGACCACCAGCUCUUCCAUACGAUCACAUUAAUGGACCCGGUGGACCUGAAGGUGGAUUUGGUGGAGAAGGAGGUUUCGGAGGAUUCGGACCCGGAGGACCAGCAGGACCAGGAGGUCCAGGAGGUCCAGGAGGUCCAGGAGGACCUUUUGGACCAGGAGGACCACCAGGACCACCAGGACCGCCAGGCCCACCCGGACCGCCAGGACCACCGGGCCCAGGAGGACCAACAAGACCAGGGCCACCAGGUCCACCAGGACCACCAGGACCACCGGGACCAGGAGGACCAACAAGGCCAGGACCACCAGGUCCACCAGGACCAAAUAGACCAGGACCGCCAGGACCGCCAGGACCACCGGGACCUUCUCGUCCAGGACCUCCAGGCCCACCAGGACCACCAGGAUUUGGACCACCAGGACCCCCGGGCAAUCCUAACUUAGGUCCACCUGGACCAAAACCAUUCCAACGAGAUCCACCAUACAAUGAAAAUUUCCGUCCAUCGACUCCAGCACCGUCAGGAAGACAAACAAUACAAUUGGCAUUAACAAGGACUACAGCAAAACCAUCAAAACCGGGAUAUUUCUACACAACGACAAUUGCGUCGAGAACAUAUUUACCUCCUAUAGGAUCGCCAAGACGUGAUGAGUCAUACUUUGGAACACUGCCGAAAAAAUGAGACGUUUGAAAAAGAUCUUCAUUGAUUUUCUCAAAAAAAGAAACUUUUGCUGCCAUUUGAGAGGAUUUUUAAUAUUUAAUGUUUUGCACACAAUCAAUUUAAAUUGUAAAUAAUUUUUUUUUUCUCUCCUCCUAAUUAAAGCUUUUGUUUGUGUGUAUCUCCCAUUAUUUUAUAUUUUCUUUGCCAUUUAGAGACAUUAAUUUUCCAUUCCUACAUUUUUCGAAAUUUUGUUUUUAAAAGUAAUAUGUCAGCAUCUUUUUAUAUGAAUACAUUUUGGGCUACUAGAAAAAGCUAUAACUUUAUGAAUUCUAUUUCUUUUAAUAAGCAUAAAAUUUGAAUUUCUUUAAUAUCAAGAAAUUGUGCUGAAUGAAAUUCAAGAAGCUAAAAAAAUUGAAAUUACUGAGUUCGGACCAAUUAGCUGAAUUUGGUGAAUUCUACUCUUACUUUUAAAAACUCUAAAGUUUAUCUAAUUAGACAAUUGAAAAUUAAUAAGCUGAAUUUAGCUUAUUAGCUUAAAUUUGCUCAAUUCAGCAAUGUGAGUCGAAUAUGCUGAAUUCAGCAAACAAAUAAAUUUUAGUCGAAAAUGAACAUUCAGCUUAAUGAGUCAAAUUAAAAUGCUGAAAUUUCCUUAAUCUAAACUAUUCUGCAUAAAAACGAAACAAUUUUAAAGCUUAAAAAAGCUGAUCUCUGUCGGAACAAAUGACUUUAUUCAAUGAAUCAAUUCUCCCUUUCCAAAAACCAUCAGUAUUGUGUGAAAAGAUGUUGAUAUAUUGACUGACCUAUAAAUAUAGCUAGUAAGAGAUAUGUGAAAUGAAUAAAAGAUUGUAAAAGAUCAAGUUAAAUAAAUGAAAUGCAAGAUUGUUUUAAAAAUUGCACGAAACUUCUAUGUUUUUGUUUUAUUUCUUUUUUCAGUUUUUUUUUCAUUUUUAUUUUGUUUGGAAAAUGUUUCAUCUUUUCAUUUUUAAAAUACAUUAUUCUUUCUUUUCUCAUCAUCAAAAUUAUUAUUAUUUAUGUAUAUAAAAAAAUGAUUAUUAUUAUUAUUUGCUUGCUUUUCAUUUCAUCGCAUUGAAAUCGAUUCUUGUUGCCUAUGAAUUGUUUUUUUUUUUAUUAUGUUUUCUUUACUGUAAAAUUAUCAUUUUUUUAUGUUAAUAUGAAAAAGGAGAUUAUGUUUAUAGGUAAUUUUUUAUUUCUUUUGUCUUGCUGUUUAUUUCGUGUAGUAUAAAAAAUAGCAUUUCAGAUCAUGCUUUUACGUUAUUUUAUUUAUCCUUUAUAUUAGCAAUUUUUUUCUUACUUAUUUGAAAUAUAUCUAUUGUAUAUAUUGUGACUUUGUCCUUCUCGAGCUACAUAAUAUUAUAUUUUCGAUGACAACAUUCCCAAGCUUCAUUUGAAUUAUUAUAGAUUUCAAAUAGCUUUAUUAUGCUCGGGACUAAGGUGUGUCUAAUACUUCAACUUAGUUAAAAUAGUUUGAAUUCAUUCAAUUAAAUUUCAUUGAUAUUGUUAUGAUAAUCUAUUGAGCGAUUUAAGGACGAAUUUUAUUAUUUAGGCGUCAACUCUUGAGUAAUAAAGAAUCUACAUCUCAUUCCUAUGAAGGAUCACUUGACCAAACCCAUUUGAUUCAUCUAUAUGGCAUUUCCUAUCAAACUGGAUUGACUAACGAAGAAUUAUUCAAUUUAAUGGCUAUCGAUAUUGAUUUAAAUUAGACACAACUUUCAAUUUAUUGUCAUGAUGAAAUUUUAUGACGCUCGAGUUUGAAGAAAACUUUUUUUGUCAGAUUUUUAGUGUAAAUGCAGUAUCUAUUACAAAAAAAAAAGUUUUGGCAUUUAAGAUAGAUUUUUAUUGACGAAUUUCGUCAUACUCCUUCUCUUAUCCUAUAAACCGAUGUAGUUCACUUUGAGCAAGCUUUCUAAAUAGGCAAUAAACAUGUUGGAUAUCAUCUGUUGGAUAUAAAAAUACCAGAGAUCAUUUUUCUUUCUGCUUCUUUGGAUGAAAAUGAAAGCAUUUGACGAUUGUGUUGCCUUUCAGAUUCUAGUCUGUGCUUAAGGUUUGCCAAAAAUUAUCAAAACCAAAAAAUUUGUAAAUUCUCAAAGAAUUUAAAAAAAAGGAUUUUUUUAAGUAGCUUGUCCAUAGAGACAACUCCAACACCCUUUGUAUCAGCUGGAUAUCAUACCGAAGGAUGUGAUGUUCCCAACAGAAUCUCAUCAACACAUUCAUUGACUAUCAAUACUUAAAAGAUGCUUAAACCUAGCUACUUCACAGAUACGAUAGUGUCAACUUAGUCUGAACUUUCGACCAUAAAAUUCAGAAUUAUAAUUCUAAUCUAGAUUCACACUUCUACCAAAUAUUAAGGAUCAUAUCCAAAUAUUUCUCUUGGCAAUAAAAUUUUUGAAGUAAAUCUGACGAAAAAAUUCUCAAAGAACUUAGAGCUAUAAAUUAAUUUGUCUUGUUUCAUUUGUGGACAUUUUCUCAAUUGUCGUCACGUUAAUAUUUCUUCACGACAUGAUAUUUGAUAAUAAAAUUUGGUGACUCAGCGGACCUCCAAACUAAGCAAAAGAAAUAUUUAAUAUUUCUCAAAUGUUAACUUUCAAUACAACACAAAAGCGAUGGAAUGACUGAAUCAUUCAUAAAACUGUUGAGCGAUUUUGUUUAGAGACAUUUAAAGAACAUUAAUUUAAAAGCAGUGUGUUGUCGAAAGCGCGCGCGAAAAAGAAUCAAGACCAUAAAAAACUAUAAAUUGAAUUAUUUUGAACUUUUUAAUGUGAUAAAUUUGUCAUUUUGGAAGGAAUAGCCCACAUGACAACAAAUAAGUUUUGUCCACACUUUCAUGAUAUUAUAGGAUUUUGCUUGCUUACUAGGUGUAUCCCGAAUGGUACAAAAAGAUUUAUAUUGAGUCGUUAAUAGAACUAGGAUAGAUGAUGUCAUUUAGUUGACUUUAAACACCUGGAUGGAAUUGUGAGAGAUUUCUUUAAAAUUGACAAUGAAAUCUUCUUAAAAAUGAAUACUUCUUUAUUUAAAUCUGGAUGGUAAGCAAUCUGAGAAUUCCUUUAAUUGAUUAAACAACUAAAAUCUGAACUUACUUCCCGAGAUGAUUUUAACUGAUCAAUAAGUUUUUUUUUUGCAAUUCUGUCAACAGCAAUGCACAUUUAACCAGUUUUAAAGCUAGCUUAAAUCUCAGAAUCAUCAACUCACAUCAUGGCUUUCAACUAAUAUCCACAACAACACUAUAAUACAUCAUUAUUGCACCACUCGAACUUAAUGAAUAGGAUUUUGAAUAGGAUUUGUGUUCACUUGUUUUAAUGGAAUUUUGAAUUUAUUUUUGCAGCAAUAUGAAUAUGUAAUAAAAAUGAAUUAUUCUAGCAUCGACAAAGCUACACAAUUAAUAAAAAAAUAAAAUAAAGAAGAGAUAAAAAAAUUGAGUCGAAUGAUUUUAUUAUUCAAUCUUCUUUAAUAAAUGCUUCAUUCCUCUUCUUUCAAUUAUCAAUUGAAGUUUCCUGUAUUAUUUAGCGUAUAUUACUACAAUAAAAAAUAUGAAAAAUCAGAAGACUCAACUCAUCGUCAGCGCGAAUUCAUUCUUCAUCAAAUAUAAUAUGUAUAUGAAAAAAAAAUAUCGAUAACUCAAUGAUUAUAUAUAAUAUACUUUUUUUUUUGUUUUCUUUUAAUGUUUGUUUUUGAGAAGAGAUGAAAAGGAAAAAAAAUAAGCUAGAUGCUGAUUUAACGAAGCAUUUUUUUUUUGUUUAUACAUAAUACAUCAUUCAUGCAUGAAUCAUGAAUCAUCAUCACUACUGAAGAAAUUAAAUAUAUCAAUUUAAAUCCUACCACACUUCCUCAUUCUUUCCAUGAUUUCUUCCUCGCUUAUUUUUUAAGCAUUUUUUAAUUUUCAUUUAAUAGUUUAUUUUUCUUGUUUUUUUUUUUGAUAUAAUAUGCGCAUAACUUGUUAUUAUAUGGUUUUUGUUAAUGAAUUGUUCUCUCAUCUAAAAAAAAGACUUUCUUCAUGUCAUCCUUAUUAAUUAAUUACACCCUCCUAAACACAAUUAUUUAUUCGUUCGGAUAAUUUACCAUGACAUCAUUGCAGGCUUAUUUAAUGUCAUAAAGUAAAUUUGACAAGACGAACCACCUUUUGCACUGCUGAAGAAUACUUUGUCGUUACGUUCGCACAGGAAUUUAAGGCGUUGAGCUUUCUUAUGCAUAAAAACACCGUCUAAAUGAC